AUGGAGAACGGCGGUUCCGAAGGCCGGGACCCCUCAGGCUUCCUGAGCGAAAUCAUCGGAACUCCUGUCACGGUCAAACUCAACUCGGGAGUUGUCUACAAGGGCGAACUGCAAUCUGUCGAUGGAUACAUGAACAUUGCGCUUGAGCAGACGAAGGAGUACGUCAAUGGCAAGGUGCAUCGAACCUAUGGCGAUGCAUUCAUAAGGGGAAACAAUGUCCAAUACAUCAGCGCCGAUUCCUGA